GUCUAAAAGAUAUGACUCCCUGCUUUCUAAACUAGCUACAGCUUAUAAUGCAAUGGGAACUGCAAGUAGCAUACAUUCCAGUCAGUCAAAGGAACAUUCGUCAAAUAAAAAUUCUCUUCGAAAAAGUAUUAAAGGAGAAUUUGAAAAAGAAUUUGGGAAAAAAUUUGAUAAUGAUGAACAGAAUGAUGAUAAAUCAUUUGAAGAAGAAAAGCGGAUCAUAUUGAACCCUGCCAUAUUUCGUGCCAAAAGAUUAUUUAUGAAACCAAUAACCAAACAACGUCCAAAGAGUGAAAGUCUUGUUGUUAAAAAACAAAACAAUAGUGGUCUUGUAAAAGAAAUAUACCGUCGUAUGGACCCCACAGUCACCACAGUCUCUUCCCAGACUAUUGUUGGUCAAAUUGAAAUUGCUGCUAAAUAUAAACCUCUCGAAAAGACACUGCUUGUCAAAGUUGGUAGAGUUAAGCAAUUGGUUAAAGAAGGAGUUGGACUGCCUGAUCCAUAUGUAACAAUUGAUUUGUUUCCAUCCAGCGACCCUUCAAAAGCACUGACUCGUAAAACAAAUGUUAAAUCAGACACCUGCAAUCCCAUGUUUCACGAAAUCUUGGUAUUUCCCCUAAUUGAACAGCAAAUAGCGAAUACCACUCUGAGAGUAACAGUUUGGGAUAAAGAUUUGAUUUCCCAGGAUGAUUUUCUUGGGGAAUCUAUUAUUCAGCUCUGCAAGUUGGACUUGGUGGCUGGAAACAGUAUGUGGUACAAACUAUACCCACAGACUGACGUCUCCAUUACGGGUACUGUUAAUGUCACUCUCACAUAUGCUGAGCCCAGCAAAGUUACAGUAGUUGUGGAUCAUGCAAACGACUUAAAAGUUUGUAAUGUUGUAAAAAGCACAUCAAGUCCGUAUGUUCGAGUUUUUAUAACAGGCAUACCAUCAAAACACGAGACACAUGUCAUACAAAAUGAAUUAAAUCCAGAAUGGAACUCGUCUUUCGAAUUUGAUGUUCACCCGGACGAAUUUUCACGAAGAAUCAUCGUUCUCAAUGUAAUGAAUAAAAGUGAAAGUGGAAAAGAUCAACGGAUGGGUGACGUUCAUUUGCCAAUGUUGGAAUUUGAUAUUAAAAAUUCGGGAAUUUCUCAACGAUACAAUUUGCAAGAUUUGCGUAAUUCGCCUCACAGCCGAAGCAAAUGGUCUGAAGAAGGAUUGUCUAUCGAAUUCCGAGAAGCCAUGAUUGCUCACGCAACUUACGGUUAUCCGAAAUUUUUAUUCAAAACAGAACAUAAAGGCAAAAUGGUCGUAUCAUGUCGCAGUGUGAAGGCUCGUGCUGAAACAAAAAUGAUCAUUAGCAAUGGUAUCCCGAGCGUUGAAGAAGUCCAAAUGUAAUUAAGUUACCUGAUUUUUAACCCGCCUUGAACUUGCAUUCCCAGCCCCUUUUCCUCCCAAUACCUGUCAUCACAAGAGAGCAUUUGAAAGAGUAAGCAUUUGCAAUAUGUUUGAACAACGUUGAAUUAAGUUUUGAAACCCAUCAGGAAAUCUGGAAAGAUAAAUUCUGGACACAGCACUAAGUUAUACUGUGUGAGGGCUCACUUAUUUAAAGGCGAUUAUGGCAUUUGUCACUGGCACGAGCUUAUUACAUAUAUUUUGAGAAUCGUAUGUAUUUAUUAACGCUUUUGUAUAUAGUUUGCACUAAUUUUAUGAUUUCACAAACUUAAUUUUAUAAGAGAUGGAUAACAAUUAAUUAAA